AUGAAGCUCCUGGUGCCUUUAUUCACUCUGGCCCUGGUCGAGUCGAUCCAUGCUGCUAGCAUCUGCAACGCCCUGACACCCAACUCCUGGACGCAAGCAGCCUCAUCCAACCCAAAACUCCAAGGCGCCCUCAACGAACUCAGCAAGAAUGCCGUUGCUACGUGGUACACGGACCGCGGGGGUGACGCCAUCAGCGACCUCCUUCAAAAGUGCUCGGGUAGCCAAGUACCUUCCAUUGUCAUCUACGGCCUGCCCAACAAGGACUGCGCCGACGGAUUCUCUAGUAGCGGCAACAACAAAGACGCAGCCAUCACUAUCUCAGGGGCCACGGGGGGGCUCCACUGUGUGUUCGACACAUCUCGCAACUAUCGAGGAUCGGUGGGGGACGAGUGGUGUAACUCGCGGUCGGCGGGCAUCGGUGCCCCACCAGGCACCGACACGGGCCAUCCGCUUGUGGACUACAACUUGUGGCUUAAAGUGCCCGGGGAGAGCGACGGCACCUGCAGUGGGCGGACCCCGGACGCUCAGGAAGGGCCAAGUGCGGGUUUAUUCUUUCCGGACGGAUUUGCCUCGUUGUGGGACAACAGUUGGUUUGUGGACGUGAAGGGGCUGCCUAAAAUUAACGGCGGGGGGUCGUGGACUGGUCCUAGCCCGAGCUCGGCAACCCCAAAGCCAGUAACUACAGAAACAUCCAAGCCCGUAGUGACGUUGGCACCCACGACGUCCACACCUCCUCAGACAGAACCUCCUGAAACGAACGCUCCAGUCGCGACGACCACCCCCCCUAGUACCCCCAGUCCCACCACCUCGAAUGAACCCCCUACCACGUCUACCGCGGUACCAAUUUUAAGCUCUAUUGGUACGACUGAGAACCCCACCACAACUCCCGCAGCAACGUAUGCAGCAACUACGGAGGCAGCCCAGUCGGUGGUGCCCGUGUCGACUUCGACUGCUGAGCCCGAGAGUACAGCCCAAGAAAAUGAGUCUGGCAACGAGUCUGCGGUAUUGGGUCCCACUUCGUCGACUCCUGCACCUACGAACCCUGCUGUUCAAAGCCGCGUUGCCACAUCUACCGACAAGCCCAACGAAGUCAUUUCCGUGCAAUCGUCGGUGGAAACUACCAACAUCACCACGGGGAUGAUCGUGCUCAUCGCGGGGGUGGCCGCGGCGGCCGUGGUGGCCACUGUGCUCGCUGUGAUGGUCAUUCGAAAACGAAACGCCCAGGAAAAACACAACGACAGACUCGACUCGCAAGGCGGCGUCGUCGCGUUGGGAGUUACCCACGGCUUGGAAACUGAGCGCUGCAUGCAAAUGCUAUAAGUGGUCAUGGCGUUGUGGCCACAAACUACUCUUGUUGUGAUAGAAAGAAAAUGGAAGAGUCGUAGUAACGUUACAUAGGUCGUUUUGUCAUCCAAGCUCAUUUUUCAAAUAUUAAUACAGUACAGUAUGUGGAUGA